CGGCCAUACACAUCAGAAAGAAUCCAACGGUCCAUAUCUUCUCCUUCACUUGAUAUAACCCUCCUCUGCCUCUCCUACAAAAACCUCCGUUCUGAAGUAGGGUUUAAGUCACUUAUUCGAGUGAAAGAGAAAAAGAAAGAAAGGCAAAAUAUAAGUUAGGUUAUUGCAAUGGCUUUUCUUAGUAAAGUUGGGAAUAUACUAAGACAAACAACCAGCAAGCAGAUCAGUAAUGAACUUUCUGCAUCCAGGCCAUCCAUCUAUCAAGCAAUAAGAUGCAUGUCAUCUUCAAAAGUCUUUGUUGGAGGUAUUUCUUAUGCCACAGACGACACUAGCCUGAGAGAGGCUUUUAGUAAAUAUGGCGAAGUCAUUGAAGCAAGAGUCAUUCUGGAUCGGGAAACUGGUAGAUCUAGAGGAUUUGGUUUUGUUACUUACACCUCGAGCGAGGAGGCCUCUAGUGCCAUCCAGGCCUUGGAUGGACAGGAUCUUCAAGGUCGUCGUGUAAGGGUGAAUUAUGCGAACGAUAGAGCUCGUGGUGGCUUUGGUGGAGGUGGUGGCUUCAGUGGCGGCGGCUACGGUGCAAGUGGUGGUGGCGGCUAUGGUGCAGGCGGGGGCUACGGUGCAGGUGGCGGGGGCUACGGUGCAGGUGCCGGAGGCUAUGGAGCUGGUGGUGGAGGCUAUAGCAGUAAUUACGGUAGUUCCGGUGGGAAUUAUGGAGCUGGUAACACUAGCGGCGGCAGUGACUAUGCCAAUGCAGAUGUUACUUCUGGUGGAAACACGUUUGACAGUAGUAGCACUGGAGCUUCUGGAGGUGGUUGGAGUUUUGGAGCUUAUGGAGGUGGUGUUGCAGGUGGAAACACUAGUGAAAAUGGUGCUGGCAGUGGUAACUUUGGUAGCAGCAAUAAAGAUGGUGGUGACGAUAAAUUUUUUGGCCAGGGAGGUAGCAGCUUUGAUGAUGCAGGUGCAGGUUAUGAUCAAGCUGAACCUUUGGAAGGCAGGGAUGAUGAUGACAGUGACUUUGCUAAAAGAGCAUGAUAGAAUGCCUUCAUCGUUGGAAGCAGUUGAAUUUGCUUCCUCCUUAUAUUUGAAGUAGGCCUGAAUUUUGUUUUUAGUUUUUAUCGUACUUUAUUUGUGUCUGAACAGUUCAUUUAUCAAUUUGGCGCUGUGAAGUGAACCUUCAACUUAAGAGAGUGUUGCUAUUUACAAUUAAAGGCUAUUUGCUAUAAAUAAUUGUAGUUGCAGAUGCU